GUAAAACGGCGAAGCUGCGCGCGCAUUUACAUUUUUACGACGGAAGUGGAACGGCUGAAACCCGGAGGAAAGCGACAACGGGAGUGAAAACGAAGCGGAAUUAGUCAAUGAGAGGGAGGAGAGAGAGAAAGAGAAGGAGUGUGUGCGACAGGGAGGCUGCUGGACGCUGGGGCCGAGGUGGACGUGGCGGGUCCGGUAGGGGUUUGAUGUGGGUUCCGCUAACGUCGUGUUGACGGCCGAAAAAAAAGCAAUGAACAGGAGCCAGGGGACUCACGGUUGUUCCUAACCCAGGACAGAGGUUGCCGUGGCAGCAGUGACAAUCCCCACUCAGGAACCCCACUUUUAUCUCUGAAAGUAAGGUAUCGUCCUCAUAACGGAAGCUUCGGUCAGACGGUGGACUCGCUUCCACCAGGAUGGCGGAGUUGGAGACAGAAUGCAUCACUUUAGGACUAAAUAAUUUAGUGUCUGAAUGCGGCACUCCUCCGCAUGACCCUUUACACUCGGAUUGUGCCACGCCGACCCUGACCAUGCUGUCGUCAGAAUGUAGCACCCCAACGCUCAGCUCGCUGGCCUCGGAGAUCGUGGAGCCCAUGGCCAUGCUGCCGUGCAUCAAAAGCGAGCCGGACCUGGACCCCAUACGCACCGUGGAUCUGUCAGUGAUCCAGCCCCUGAGCACGGCCGAGCUGGGCUCCGACCAGAUCAAAAUGGAAAUCAGCGGCCUCGACUACAUUAAAUCCGAGCACCACAGUGACCUCCAUUCCUUUCACAGCACGGAGCUGGACUCCUACAAGUCACACUAUGAACCCAGCCUGGUGUUCGAUUACAUUAGCCACGUCUCGGACAGCCUGGAGUACAUCAAGUCGGAGCAUCACUCGGAUCUGCACAGCUACUACGCCAGCGAGCUGGGCACUAUCAAGACCGAGUACGAACCCAUCUUCAUGACCAGCCACAUCAAGACUGAAAUGAAUGGCUUGGAGUCCAUCCACAUGGCGGAGCUGCGCACGGAGCUCAACAAACUCCGGCCGGAAACCCUCAUCGACGGCAUGGGGAAGCUAGACUCUGAUUUCUCCUCCAACACUCUUUACGAACUCACAUCAGUCCAUGCGAACAAAGCGCAGACAGCGCACCACCCAACCAGCACAAAAGGCCACGGGCCGACGCCACGCAAACCUCGUAACCCCACAGGGGAGAAACCGUUCUCUUGCACUCAAUGUGGGAAGAACUUCAGCACCCUGGGGAACCUGAAAACUCACAAGCGCAUCCACACCGGCGAGAGGCCUUACACUUGCUCCCAGUGCGGGAAGAGCUUCGGUCAGGCCGGCAACUUAAAAAGGCACCAGCUCAUCCACACGGGGCAAAAACCUUACACCUGCGCGCACUGCCCGAAGGGUUUCACCAAAGCGGACGACCUCCGCUCGCACCAGCGGCUGCACACAGGCGAAAAGCCUUUCAGCUGCGCUGAGUGCGGCAAGAGCUUCAGUCAAACCAAGGAACUCAAAGCCCACCAGUUGAGCCACACGGGAGAGCGGCCCUUCUGCUGUUCGCUCUGCGGCAAGAGCUUCAGCAAAGAGACGAGUUACCGCAAUCACCAGCAAAUCCACAUGGGCGAGAAGCCGUACAGCUGCUCCCAGUGUGGCAAAUCUUUCAGCAAUUCAGGGGUCCUCAAAACGCACGAGAAGAUUCACUCCGGGGAGCGACCAUUCGGCUGCACCCAGUGCGGCAAGCAUUUCGGUCGCUUGGGACAUCUAAAAGCACACCAGCAGAUCCACACGGGCGAGCGGCCGUACACCUGCCAGCAGUGCGGCAAGAAUUUCAGCCAAUCAGGUCAUCUCAAAGCACACGAGCAGAUCCACAAACGAGAACGGCCCGAUCUUAGCAGUGGCAGCAGUCUCAGUAAUGAUAGUAGCUAAAAGAAACCUCAUUACGUCUCAAAAGUAUUACUCCUUUGUUUGUUUUUUUGUUGUUUUUUUUAUAAAAGCUACAAUAUAUAUAAAUAUAUUAUAAAAUAUAUAUGUUUUCAUACUUUACGUCUCCUCUUCUUUUUCUUACUCUUCUUUUGGGUACAGUCGUGACUGAUUUUCUGAUCUGAAAGUGUCUAUGUUUGGGAUCGGUCAGCUUACAGAGAGUCUUUGUAUCUUGUCUGAUCUGUGUUGUAGUGAGUGCCAUUCUCUAGUUUUCUUUCCUCCAGUAAAAUACUCAGUGUACACGUUUAUUGAUAAUAUGUAAUUCUUCAACCAUGUACUGGAAUGAAUUAUUAAAGAAACUAAUGUUUAAAAACUGA